CCGGCUCCGCUUCCGAGAGUGCGUCCCGGUUCCUGGCUCGGUGUGUGGGGCGCGGGGACGCGGCGCGCCUGCCGGGAAGCACGGUGGGGCUGGCUUCGGCGCUUCGGCGACUCUCGGGGACGCCUAGCCUGCCGUCGGGCACGGUUUGCAGGCACCCUGUCCGGUCACACGGCGUGUGGGGCCCACCAUGAGGCGCCUGGGCUCGGUGCAGCGGAAGAUACCGUGCGUGUUUGUGACGGAGGUGAAAGAGGAGCCCGCCACCAAGAGGGACCACCAGCCAUUUAAAGUUUUGGCAACUGAAACUGUAAGUCACAAGGCAUUAGAUGCAGAUAUACACAGUGCAAUUCCAACAGAAAAAGUGGAUGGAACAUGUUGUUAUGUUACUACCUACAGAGGUAAAAUAAAACUGUACUACAAAUUUUACUUUUAUUUCUUUAAUCUAUAAACUAUAUAUAUUUGAAGUGGGGCAUUUGUUCUUCAUAAACCCUUGAAAA